CGCCAAUUGAGGGUCUCUUCUUUUCCUCUCUGUCUCUCUAGUCUCCAUCUAUCCACCCUCUCUUUCCCUUUCCUGACUCCCAGAGACAGAGAGAUCCGAGGUGUUUGGGCCAAAACCCUAGCCCUAAAAAAUCACCCCCCAGCUCACAAAUUUCUCUCAAUCAUCUUCACUACCAGAAUUAGCACGUGAGAAUGGAACCCAGCUUGGUUUUGCUGUUUUGGACAUGGGUUUCACUUUCAUCCGGCAGAUCUUAGUUUGGGACUUAGUCAUGGCUGCUGCAGCACCAGAGGGAUCUCAAUUUGAUGCUCGCCAGUAUGAUGCUAAAAUGAAUGAACUUGAGGCUGAUGGGCAAGAAUUCUUUACAACAUAUGAUGAAGUUUAUGACACUUUUGAUUCUAUGGGAUUGCAAGAGAAUCUUCUUAGGGGCAUUUACGCUUAUGGUUUUGAGAAGCCGUCUGCAAUUCAGCAAAGGGGGAUUGUACCAUUCUGCAAGGGACUUGAUGUUAUUCAACAAGCACAGUCCGGAACAGGAAAAACAGCAACUUUUUGCUCUGGAAUUUUACAGCAGCUUGACUACAGCUUAGUUCAGUGCCAAGCAUUGGUCCUUGCACCAACUCGAGAAUUAGCGCAACAAAUUGAGAAGGUCAUGCGGGCAUUAGGUGAUUACCUUGGUGUUAAGGUUCAUGCUUGUGUAGGUGGGACCAGUGUCCGUGAAGAUCAACGGAUUCUCUCCAGUGGAGUUCAUGUGGUUGUUGGUACACCUGGCCGUGUGUUUGACAUGUUGAGGAGGCAAUCUCUCCGCCCUGAUCACAUAAAGAUGUUUGUGUUGGAUGAAGCAGAUGAAAUGCUCUCACGAGGUUUUAAGGAUCAGAUCUAUGAUAUUUUCCAGUUACUGCCACCAAAAAUUCAAGUAGGAGUUUUCUCUGCUACAAUGCCUCCUGAAGCCCUUGAGAUCACGAGGAAGUUCAUGAACAAACCUGUAAGGAUUCUGGUGAAGCGUGAUGAGCUUACCCUUGAGGGUAUCAAGCAGUUUUAUGUCAAUGUUGAGAAGGAGGAAUGGAAGCUUGAGACACUUUGUGAUCUCUAUGAGACUUUGGCAAUCACCCAAAGUGUAAUUUUUGUGAACACUAGGCGUAAGGUAGAUUGGCUUACAGACAAGAUGCGGAGUCGUGACCAUACAGUCUCUGCCACCCAUGGAGAUAUGGACCAAAAUACAAGAGACAUCAUCAUGCGGGAAUUCCGAUCUGGAUCCUCUCGUGUGCUUAUCACUACUGAUCUCUUGGCUCGAGGUAUUGAUGUUCAGCAAGUCUCUCUUGUGAUCAAUUAUGAUCUCCCAACACAACCAGAGAACUACCUUCAUAGAAUUGGUCGUAGUGGAAGAUUUGGGAGAAAAGGUGUUGCCAUCAACUUUGUGACCAGGGAUGAUGAGAGGAUGCUAUUUGACAUCCAGAAGUUCUAUAACGUUGUGGUUGAGGAGCUGCCGUCAAAUGUUGCUGAUCUUAUUUGAUGCUGUUUUGGGUUGGCUAGAUAAAUGGCUACUUGGAAGUGACAAAGUUUUAAGGUCUGUGGCCUUACAGUUGGAAGGGGUUUUUGGUCCUGCACAUUUCGAUGGGUUCCCAUUACCAUUUAGAAAUCUGAUGUUCAAAUUUUGAUUUGGUGUGUGUCCAAGUGAGAAAAAAAUGUAGUAUUGUUCUAGUUUUAUUUUAAAUUAUGUUGUUUUAUGUUCUUAUUUUUUUCUCCUCUAGUUUCUCUAUUUGAGAGGAUAUUAUGUAGAGUUGUAACUUGAUUAUUUUAGAUUAUCGGACUUGCCUUUUGUGGACAUUUUGGUAGUUA